AUGCCCAAUCCUGGAUUUGUGCCGUUGUCGGCAGAUCACGAUGCAGAGGAGGGGAACGAUAUCAUCGACAGUGUUACUCGAGCCGAAUUCGAGGACACGCAAAGGGAGAACCGUGAGUUCCGGCGCCGCCUUAUGGAGUAUGAGAACGAGCGACGCAACAUGCAGCGGGCUGCGGCGAACUCACCGCCCAACAAUGGAGGAGAGGGCAGCAGCAACCCGGCAAACUCCCCCAACAUUGACCCUGCCGAGGAUGCGGCGCCGGAUGGGAGCGGGCAGGCAGGUGCGGGUGGGAACGCAACGCGCAAUGACGGCGUGGCAGCUGCUACUAUGCUGCCGCCGGUCCCCAGCGUCCUUCGUGUGGAGCCGAACCGAAAUGCCAUCCAAAACGCGGUGAAGCUGGCGCACAAGCGAGGCGUCAUACUGGACCUGCAACAACUGUCAAGCAUGCAGCUGACGUGGGCUCACCGCUACGCCGCCGCCUUGGCGGGCGUCCCUGACAUGCACAACGGUUUUAAGGGAGCGGCGAAGCGUGCAGUGGAAAUCAUGUACUUCGAGACGCCCGAUGUCGACCUUGAGUAUUGGACGCCGCGAGACACCAACAUCACUGCACUUUGCACCGCUAUCGGUAUCACCGACGCCGACUAUGUGGCGAAAGUGCGGCUGGUCAUGGAGAAUGAGAAAACGCGCCCGGGCCACCUCAGAAAGCAGCAGCAGGAUGCCCGCAACAAGGUCCACACAAUGGGCCGUGUGAUGCUGUACGAGCGCUUCGAUAUCCGCAUUGCUCGACCGGAUCGCGGGAGGGAAGUGGUCGGAACCCUCUCUCCUGGAGCCUUUUGUGCCGAAUAUUUUGCUGGUAAGACGAAGCCCCACCCACGCCUUAUUUCUUACCCCCCACGCCUGUAUCACCCCCUCUUUUGCCACUGCAGUGCACCUGCCAAGGCUGCGGGACCAUACAGCCCCUUGUGCCCCGUUCUCACCAAGCCCCAACUCCCUUGUGCCACUUCCUUCCCUUUCCAGCAGGCACACCUGCUGGCAACCUGCAGUGCAACUGCCAUAUCUGUGGGUUUCAAGGUGUGGGCCAAGUGCCUCGUUCUAACCAGCCGCUCCCUCUCUUGUGCCCCCACCUUCCCCUUCCAGCAGGCGCACCUGAGGGCAAAAAACCCCAACCGUUGCCGUGGAUAG